AUGCUGCUGAGCACCCUGCUCAUACUGCUGAGCUCUCAGAUGGUCUGGUCCAGAAAGUCUGAGCCUUUCCUCAGUGAGGGGGAAGCAGGUUUGUUCAGGGGAUCAGACAAAUAUGACUUUGCCAUUGAGAUUCCUGCUGCAUAUAUGGAGUGUUUCUGGCACUUUGCCCACCAGGGUGGAAGCUUCUACUUGACGUACAUGGUGCAGUGGAUAAAAGGGAUGGCCAGCGACCACCGGCUGUUUGUAACCAUUAAUUCGCCACAAGGCGUCCUUCUAGCUUCAAAAAACGAAGUUACUGGUCAAAUGAAUUUCCAGACCGAGGUGACAGGUUUUUACAGGAUGUGUUUUGGGAACCACAACAACCAGUUUGGAGGCAUCAGGGUCUUUCUGAACUUUGGCGUCAUCUAUGAAGGUUUGGAGUCAAAGGGAGAAAUGGAGGAGAAAGAGAACGUCCUCAACAGAACUGUGGCUGAUAUUGAGGACAGUGUACAGAAGCUCCAGAAUCAGAUCUUCCACAUCUGGAGAUACUACAACAUUGCCCGCAUGAGGAAAGGGAAGGAUCACUAUCUCCUCCAGUCCAACCUCGACUACGUCAACUGGUGGUCAGCGACCCAAAGCCUUGUUAUCCUCUUGUGUGGAUACCUGCAGCUGCUUGUCCUCAAAAGGUUCUUCUGCACAGACCACGCCCGGCCGAGAUGCUGACUUCAGUUCGUCAGAAUUCUGCUUUGUCCUGGCAGGAUUUACAGAAAGUUGAUUUAAUGAUUUCAUCUGACUAAAGUUAAUAGUUCAGCGACAUCUGGACUUUGCGCUCUAACAUCUGUACAACUUUGAAUUAUAGCACAUCCUUUAUAAUUAAAUUAAAUUU